UCCGUUGACUGUAUAACAUGGCACAGUAUAAAGGAUCAAGGAGUUUGAGCAGCAUGAAGACACAGUCACCAAUGGUAGAUAUGGCUAAUAACAACGACCCUCUACCCCCAGGAUGGGAAAUUAAAAUUGACCCACAGACAGGAUGGCCUUUUUUUGUGGAUCACAUUAAUCGCACAACAAGCUGGAAUGACCCCAGACACGAUGUCAAAAAGGUCAGCCAGUUGUCUCAAAAUGGCCCAAGUGUGCCACCAGAGCCGAGUCCUCAGGAGAUGCAGAAGGCCUUUGUGAAGGACAUGAAGCACCCCACCCUCCGCCAGGGUUACAUCCCAAUCCCAGUCUGCCAUGAAGGUGCAGACCUCCGUCAGCAACACCCGUGUUUCUCCUACAUCCAGCCGACUGCUCUGCAAAAUAUACGGGCAGAAGGGCGGACACCCUCCCCCACCCCGACGCUCCACUGCAGGCCUAGAUCUCCUUUGCAGGGUUCCUCCGAGAGCUCUACUCCUGAGCCCUGCAUGUCCUGUUCACCUAGUUUACAAGGACCUGAGGGCCAUCCCCUCCACCAGCCCCCGCGACCCAGCAGCACAGGCCUCCAGGCAGGUUACAUACCCAUCCCAGUGAUCCACGAGAGGGCCGGAGGUCACCCACAACAAGCCCCUGUCAAUCCCGCUCUCUACACCCAGCGCUUUCCGGCUUACUCAGAGCACCAGCCCUCCUUCCACCGACUGCAGCCAGAGGACUGGAGCAGUCAUCAUGGAGCCACGCCCUCUUCCCGGGAGCGAGCCUCCCCGUCCCCGAGCGUGCCUCCCCAGCACCGCGAGACUGCCGCCAUCCAUAUCCCACCGCAUAUAAGGAGCCAGUCUCCCCUCAGAGCACAGGUCAUUACAGAGAGACCACAGGUCCAGGUCCACCACCAUGUGCCACAGAGAGAAUCACCCCACAGAAUGGAGCAGGAGCAGGAGAUCUCUCAGUAUCCCCAAGCAGCGCAGAGAGAGGCUGACUCACAGCAGCGUCAACAGCCACAGAUCUCACAGCAACCACAGCAGCCACCACAACAGUACCAAGGACCACAACAACCACAGCAGCAACAACAUUAUCAACAACAGCCACUACAAUACCAACAACCACAACAACCACAGCCACAGCAGCCACAACUCCCACAGCAGCCACAACAGUACCAACAGCCAAAACAACCACAACAAUACCAACAACCUGAACAGUACCAAAAAUCACAACAACCACAGCAGCCACAGCAGUACCAACAACCUGAACAGUACCAACAGCCACAACAGUACCAACAGCCACAACAGUACCAACAGUCACAACAGUACCAACAACCUGAACAGUACCAACAACCUGAACAGUACCAACAACCACAACAGUACCAACAGCCACAGCAAUACCAACAACCUGAACAGUACCAAAAACCACCACAACAGUACCAACAGCCACAACAAUACCAACAACCUGAACAGUACCAACAACCACAGCAACCACAGCUGUAUCAACAACCACAACAGUCCCAGCAACAACCACAACCUCCACAACAACCCCAGCCACAGCCGCAACUGCAGCCGCAACAGACAGCAAACAUCACAGUCCAGAUGUCGCCGAAACCAGAAGCCCAGGAGCCAGUGGCUGUUCCUGCUCCACAGGAGGACUUGCCCCCAAAAUCAGAAAAUGAGCCCGCCGCUCAGUGUCACCCAGGCUUGGCUAAAGUGCAAAAGAUAGAGGAGAGAGUGGCGAAACUGGAGCAAGAGGUGAAAUGCUUUGAUGGGAAGAAGAAUGAUAAGAGGUACUUGCUGCUGGAGGAGCUGUUGACCAAAGAGCUUUUGGCACUGGACUCAGUGGACCCAGAGGGACGUGUGGACGUGCGACAGGCGCGACGUGACGGAGUCCGGAGGGUCCAAACCACACUGGAUGCACUGGAGAUGCUGGAUGAGCGGCCAUCGGGCUCAGUCAAUGAGUCCCCGAUGGAGGGUGACAGCCCGCCACAGAAAGUAGAGCAGCCCAGCAUGAUCAGCCAAGCGAAUGUGGAAAUGGCCAGAGAGAUCUCAUAAUGACUCCAUAGUUUUAUUAUAGUGAAGAGGAGAGAAAUGUAAUCAAAGAUACCGUGGAAAUGGGCUGCUCUCAAUGCUCCCAAUACCCGCCUUUCAACUGCAGAUAUCACAUAGGAACUAUACGAUGCAUGUAUUACUUAAUUUACAGUGUUGGUAUUGUCUGGCAUUCACCACAUUCUAUAUGUGAUGGUGGUAUCCGAGUGCAUCAUGUAUUCAAUGAUGUUAAGCCAUUGUUGUUGCCUUUUGCUGUGCCAAUGUCUUUUUGCAAGACCAUUUUCAUGAUCUAUGUGUUAAAGAGACAUGCAUAAUAGAGGUUAUAUAAGAGGCCUUUAUCCAUCCAUAUAUAUAUAUAUAAGACUAAAAUGUACCUGUAUGUAGUUAAUUUCGGGUCAUGUGAUGUGGUUGUUUUUAAAGUUAUUCAAUACAUAUUCAAUAAGAAGAACACUGGUAUGUAGAGUAGUAGACAACUUCUCUAUAAGAAAGGGCUUCUGUGGAAAUUGUAAGAGAUGUUUAAUAUUUCCCUCUUUUAUUUUUAAUCCACUACUUCGAGAAACAAUAUUUACCUCAGAUUCCGUCAGAAGAAAUGGGACAAAUCUAUGUUAGUAAAUGUUAAUGACUCAGUCAUAGAAAAAUAUUUAUUUUUGUGCCUCAGAUGAUAGAGCUACUUGAGAGAAAAAUCUUCUUUUUUUCUUAAAAAAAAACAAAUAAAAACCAAGUUAUUUCACACACA